UGACUCGGGACCUCCAGGUUAUCACUUGCACACACUGCCACUGCAACUGGGGAAAUAACUUCGUAUUUUGAUCUCUCACCUUCUGAGUCUCAUGGUAAUCUGUGGGUCUUCAUCGAAAACAGGUUUUGGUCGCCGACCCAAGAUUCAAAGAAAGGUCGUGGUAUGCGGGGAUGGCGCUUGCGGAAAAACGUCAUUAUUGAAUGUCUUCACGAGAGGUUUCUUCACCCAAGUCUACGAGCCAACCGUCUUUGAGAACUACGUGCAAGAAAUAUAUGUAGAGGACCAGUCACUGGAGCUCAGCUUAUGGGAUACCGCCGGACAGGAGGAGUUUGACCGGCUACGAUCGUUAAGCUAUGCGGAAACGCAUGUUAUCAUGAUUUGUUUCUCUGUUGACAACCCGACAUCACUGGAGAACGUCGAAACGAAGUGGAUCGAUGAAAUAGUAGAAUAUUGUCCAGGCGUAAAGCUUGUCCUAGUUGCCCUUAAAUGCGAUCUUCGCGAUGACCGAAUUGUUCGUGAUCGACUUGCUCGAUAUGGAGCCCAUACAGUGCAGUAUGAGGAGGGUCUUGCAGUCGCCCGUCGAAUACGAGCAUCGCGGUAUCUUGAAUGUAGUUCGAAGCAUAACAGAGGUGUCUCCGAGGUCUUCUACGAAGCUGGACGCGUGUCCUUGAGCACGCGUGCAAAGGGGUCUGGGUCUGGGUGCGUGAUAAUGUGAUUAUUGAUAAACAAUAUCACGUCGGAUACAUAUGUUCAUAGUUUUUGUUUCGGACUUGCUCAGGGCUGUGCUCGCAUACUUGCUGUAUUUUUACAUUACUACUCUACUAAUAACACGACACUUGAAUGCAUGGGAUAUACG